CCGGAAACGAUUGCUACCUAGUAACGCUAUGCCGCCAAGGAAGCGGUGAAAUUGGAAGAAGCCAGUUGGACGCAAACGUCUUUUGUCUGAUGCGGUGAUGGCUGUCAUUUAUCUUCAAGGCUAAUUGCAGUUGUACCAAAUGUGUUAGACAUCAUAGAUCUUUAAAGCCAUAUUUAGCCAUGACAGCAGCAGAAGCCACUUUUGCUCCAAGUAAAAGAAAUAUAUCUCUCCUUGCACAACAAACACUUGCUCAACCCAAGCAUUCUCUCUUUGGAACAACUUUGGAACAUUAUGAGAAAAAAGAACUACCAUCCAUUGUUGCCAUAAAGGCAAAUCCCACUGAUAUGCAACGUCAGUCACAGCAAUAUCCAGUUCCUGAUCAUCUUAAACAUUUUAUAUCAGCUCAAGCUAACAUGGAAAAAGCUCAGAGAAGAGUUGAGGAACAAAACAGAAUAGUGUCUAACGUGUGCGCAGAUCUUGAAGAGAAGGAAAAAAGAGCCUUGAUGUUUAAGCCAGACCGCACAGAAUGUUUGCAAGAGAAUAUGAAAGGUAUAAGCAGAAUCAUAGAUCAGGACCGAGAACACGCAGAAGAAAUUAAUAAUGUGGGGCUCAACAAGACAGGCAGUUACAAUCAUGAUAAAUAUGGCAAGAAACCACCUACACACAAUUAUUCACUUAUUGGCAACUUACUAUCUCCUGGCAAUGAUUUCGGCUAUCCACAAAGAUAUAGCCCAGAUGACGCUUUACUGAAACUGAAUAAGCAGUCAAAUAAUGUUGUUACUAAUGAAGCAAUUCGUCUGGGCUUCAACUCUUUUGAUUACCCAGAACAAAGCCAAAACAAGUCCAAGAUAAAAAUCAAAGUGCCUGCCAACAUUAAACAUCAGUUUGGUAGUCGUGUUUGUGAAGAGCUUCUUUCUGAUGAGAAAGCUUUUGAAGAUUUUCUCAAGCAACAGAAAGAGCAAAACAAACCUGCUGAAAAACACCAGAAGACACCAGACAUCAAGGAGUAUGAGGCAGCAACUUCAAGCAGCUAUUUUGAGUUAGGAAGUGGGCUGCGGGCAAAUCUUUUUCCUGAUCAUUCAGUGAGAAAGCCUCUGGGUAUCUUCAAAGCUGUGCACAAUGCAGAAGUAUACCUUCGCCGUGAACCCUUGACAGAUCAGUUUCGCAGAAAACGUGAUGAGCACAGUAUUGGGCUGAACAAAACAUUGUUCUGCAAAAUCUCAGAAAGGUCAAUCCGAAUCCUCAAAGUUAAAUAAGAGCUUUAAUUUACUUGUGCAUUUGGCCUGUCAUCUCAGUGUGAUGGGAGUUUUAUAUGAAAGUAUGCAUUGACAAGCAUGACCAAUUGUCGAGUAUUUACUGGAGGUUAGGGGAGUGUCAGGGAUGCCUUUCUUUCUAUGGCUUGUGCAGUUUUGUUAUGUCACCAGCCAUGACUGGCUUGCCAAGAGGAAAUGAAAGCAAUGCAAUAAUAUUUACAUACAAACACAUUCACACAUAUUCUCCCUUUCUAAACUUUCUAAAGAACAUGUGAUUUAAAUCCAUAUCAUAUGGAUGCACAUACAUGCACACGCGUGCGCACGCACACACACACACACAGAAUCAUACACAAACCAGCUAUUUUUAUGAAUAUUGACUGGUUAAUGGCAUUCAUCAACCACUGCCAUUUGAUUCAAAGUACAAAAAGUAUUAUUGCACCCCCAAUUCUGAUGCUUUUGAUAAUUAACGUACAUAUUAUUAUUAUUAAACCAUCCUGUAAUGAUCAUUAUGAUUAUUCAAUUACAGAAUGUACGUUUUUUUCAUAAUACACUUUUGCACUCCAGUAAUGGAAUGACCAAGAAUAGCUUGUUCAAUGAGAACUGGUAAGAAAAUUUUACAUUGAUGGUGUGUCUUUGUGGUGAAUAAUAUAUAUUUGUGUGUUCAAACUGGU